AUGGAGCCGGACGACGACCUGGACGCCCAGGCAGCGCUGGCGGCGAUCAUCCGAGAGGACCACCACGCGCCACUGCCGCGCCGCGCGAGCCUCGCGUUGUCUGCGGACGGCAGCUGCAGCUCGGCACGCAUGUCGCGCCCGUCGAACCACAAUGACGACGAGCUUUCGCUGCCGAUUGAAGAAGAGGCGACCCACAAGACGAUGCGCCGUCGUCGCCUCUCGUCGCUCAAGGACAAAAUCAAGCGCCCGGGCUUCCUCGAGAUGCGGCGCGUCUCGGGGGUGCUCAAGAUCGACCCCAAGCUGCGGCUUGUGCCGUUUGAUAGAAGCGCGCUCACCGAGUUCCAAGCCCUUCUUUGCCCGUUUGAGGACGCUGCUGCAUCGAGCGAGGCGGCUGUCGAUAGCGUGCUCGCGGCCAUGAACGACCUCCUUGAAACCAUCAUCUCGGGCAUGCUGGACGAGCACGACACGCUCAACAACUCCAAGCUGGCGCGCGACGUGUCGGUGCAGGCCGUGGCGCUUCUUGUGAGCGGCAUUGAGGACCUUGCGGCCGCGACAUCGACGACUGCCGGCGCCGCGCAUCUGCGGGACAUGGCCCACCGGCUAGGCGCGAUCGACGCCUUUGUGCGCACGUACUUUCUGAACGAGAUCCACGAGCUCGAGCAGGUGGUCAACAGCCUCGAAGACUCGCUGGAGCAAACGUAA